AUGAUGGAACCCAUGCAAAAGCAUCUGGCAGUACAGGACUUGUCAAAGCUUAAAAUUGAGGAGCUCACUCCGCUCACCCCGGAGGUCAUUAGUCGUCAGGCCACAAUCAACAUUGGAACUAUUGGUCAUGUUGCUCACGGUAAGUCGACGGUCGUCAAGGCCAUCUCAGGUGUCCAGACGGUGCGGUUUAAAAACGAGUUGGAGCGAAACAUCACCAUCAAGCUCGGCUAUGCCAAUGCCAAGAUCUAUCGUGCCGAAAACGGUGCAGGUAUUGGCUGCUAUCGUGCAUUCGGUAGCUCGAAACCUGACCGCUUUACUGACGAGAACGACGAGAAGACGGUGUGGGUGCUGCAGCGUCAUGUGUCAUUUGUGGAUUGCCCUGGUCACGACAUUCUUAUGGCUACGAUGUUGAACGGUGCCGCUGUCAUGGAUGCCGCCCUGCUGCUUGUUGCAGGUAACGAAGUGUGUCCCCAGCCACAGACGUCCGAGCAUCUUGCCGCUAUUGAGAUCAUGCGCUUGCAGAAUAUCAUUAUUUUGCAGAACAAGGUAGAUUUGAUUAAGGAGGAUGCUGCUGUGGCUCAGCACGAACAGAUCAAGAAGUUUGUGGCUGGUACGGUUGCUCACGACGCCCCAAUUAUCCCUAUUUCGGCCGUGCUCAAGUACAAUGUGGAUGUGGUUUGCGAGUACAUUUGUCGCAACAUUCCCAUCCCAAAGCGAGACUUUACCUCAAGACCCAAGCUGAUUGUCAUCCGUUCAUUCGAUGUGAAUAAACCUGGUGAGGACGUGGAGAACCUCAAGGGUGGCGUCGCAGGAGGCUCUAUACUGGAGGGUGUGCUGCGUGUUGGCGAUGAGAUUGAGGUACGCCCCGGCAUUGUCAGCAAGGACGAGGAAGGCAAGAUGACUUGCGUCCCUAUUUUCUCGCGCAUUGUGUCGCUGUAUGCUGAGAAGAACGACCUGCAGUUUGCCGUACCCGGUGGACUGAUUGGUGUAGGAACGCACAUUGAUCCGACGCUCACGCGUUCGGAUCGUCUGGUGGGUCAGGUGCUGGGCUUGAAGGGGAGUCUGCCUCACGUAUUUACGGAGCUGGAAAUUAACUUUUAUCUGCUAAAGCGUCUACUGGGUGUGAAGACCCAGGAGGGCAGCAAGGCCUCGAAGGUGCAGAAGCUGUCGAAGGCUGAGGUGCUCAUGGUCAACAUUGGUUCCACGGCCACUGGUGGAAAGGUGCUGGCUGUGAAGCAGGAUCUUGCCAAGAUACUGCUCACGGUCCCUGUAUGCACGCAGGAAGGAGAGAAAAUCGCCAUUAGUCGUCGGAUUGACAAGCAUUGGCGCCUUAUUGGUUGGGGCCAGAUCCGCCGUGGUAGCCGGAUCGAGAUUGCGGACUCUGAAUAG